AUGGGGCGCGUGUCUAUACCAAUUCUUGCGGGCUUGGCUGGGUAUGCCUUUGCUGGCAUUCACCAUCAUGCACAUGACCACCUUCACCAUCAUCGCCAUCGCAACUUGAUGCCGCCUACUGACAAUUUAGAACUACGAGGUCUGGGUUGGGAUAAUGCGAAUAACGCCCCAGAUGAUUUUGUGGUGAAAUCCAUUACGAUCACAACCACAACAACAGUGUUUGGAAAAUGCGCGCCAACCAGUACAAUCCACAGCACGCUCACGCUUAUUAGACAUAGUCCUGAGCCUACGCUGUGGAGUGCUGAUCAUCAUCCCUACAUCGUCCCGCGUGUCGAGCCAUACCAGGACCACUGGAAUCAAAUGCAGCCCGGGCCUAAUCUCCCUGCGCCGACAAACAUCAAACCCGCUCAUCCCAAGCCCUGGGCUCCGAGACCAACGGAGGCAGAGGAGACCACUAUCAUGUUAAAGACACAAACAACCACCCAAACUGCAACCAAUACUAUGACGGUCACCGUCCACCCAGGAGCAAACCAUGUGCCACUUGCAGACACACUCCCUGGAAAUCCCUCAGAGGCAGGGAAGUCUGCGCCACUUGCAGACUCGCUAGCCAACAGCUCUUUGGAAGAGGAGAAAGCCAUCCCAGAAAGACGCCCUCCUUUCCCGCCACUUCACAAAAGCAACGGUGAACACAACAACGCCGCACUCGAUUUACCUAUAGUCAACCAGAUCUUCCCUGGCCAAAAGCCACAAAAGCCCACCUUGAAGGAGUGGACCGCAACCCCACCGGCUGGACAAUUCUCAUGGAACCGAUUCGGAGGACGCACUCCGCCAAAGGCUAAAGGGGCCAAGGUACUCUACCACGGAAAUGUCGGCAGACCUUGGGGAAGCAACAUUAUAACUGUCAGCCCAGCCGAGGCACACACCUACAAAUACGUGACGCAGUUCACCGGCUCGCACGAUGAGCCUUGGACGGUCGUUGUGUGGAACAAAUUCGGCCCUGACGGCAAGAUGACCGGUUGGUACGGCCACUCUGCUCUAAAAUUCACUCUUGCUCCUGGCGAGACCCGCUAUGUCGCUUUUGACGAGGACUCCGAGGGAGCCUGGGGUGCUGCACCCGGUGACCACCUUCCUAUGGAUCAGUGGGGUGGAUACUCGUGUACAUGGGGCGAGUUUACAUUUGGGGAUGGGGAGAAUAACGGCUGGUCGGGAUGGGAUGUUUCGGCUAUACAGGCGCAGGUUGCGAAUCAGCCUGUGCAGGGCAUGUCUAUUUGUCAGGCUGACGGACAGAAAUGCUCUAGCAUCACGACUGGCGCUAAGAAGGUGAUUGCUGCUUAUACCAAAUCGAUAAAGCACAUCGAUGGUAUUGGUGGUGAGGCGGUGCCUGGCCCUGUGCGCUUGAAUGUUCAUCUUGAUUAUCGGGGGUGA